AUGGAGUGUUGUGAUGUGCCAAGCAACCAGGGGGCUUCGGGGAGACCGGCAGCCUACGCGGAGUUUCCUCGCGCAGAGGAGCGGGCCGCCUCCCCCGGGACCAGAGACGCAGCCGAGGAUCGGCUCCUCCCCGGCUGCGCGCCGCGCGCACGUGCCCGCAAAAACAGAGCCGCCUCCCGCCAGCCGACGGCGGACGGCGGGCAGGAGCCGGAGGGGCCGCGCGGGCAGCGCCAGCCGGGCAGGAGGGCGCCGUCCGCUGCACGGCGCCGCCCGAUCCGAUCCCUCCCCCCGGCCUCCCGGCGCCCCGGNCGCGGAACGAGCCGCCCGGAGGAGCAGCCGCGGCGCCCCGGCCCGGACUGCCGGCUGGCCUCGCUGCUGCUCGGCGCGGAGAAGCUGCCGGCGGGGCUGCGCAAGAGCCGCCCGGCGGCGCCCUACGUGCGGCGGGUGGGCUGGAUCCGCGAGAUCCAGGCCACCCUCCGCGAGCACCGGCACGAGCAGGCGGGGCGGCUGCUGCGGAAGGUAGGCGAGGACCUUGGCCUGGAGGGGACGUUCCUCAAUGACGUGCUCUACAAGAAGGCCACCUUCCUCAACCUGGUGGACCCCAUCUCCCACGACCUCCUGAUGAGCCUGGCCAGAGACCUGCAGUGCCCCAAAAAGGAAUACGAUCCGUGGAAAUCCUCCGACCGGAUCUGCCGGCAGCUGAUCUACCACUUGACUCCACAUUCGAAAUGGCAUCGGUCUGGGCUGCCCCAUCGCAAAUCCCACAGCAGCCUGAAGUGGAGCCUGCACAAGAAGCCCAGCCAAGAAGCCGUCGAUCUCUCUGGGGUCCCUCUCUCCACACGCGACAUCCAGCGUCUGGCCAGCUAUCUGCAGAACAGCGGUGACCACCUUUUCAUCAUAGACCUGAGUUUCACCAACCUGAAGGAUGAGGAGAUGCACUUCCUGAUGCCUUUCCUGUGGUCGUUGCCCAGCCUCACCCACCUCUCCCUUAAUGGGAACCACCUGACCCGAGCCACUGUGAAGGACCUCACCGACGCCAUGAAGGACAUGGCCAAGUUCCCCUCCUUAGCCUGGAUCGAUCUGGGCAACAACGUCGACGUCUCCUCCAUGCCGCAGCCUCUGCUUGUUGGCCUGCGGAAGCGGCUCAGCCAGCAGACCACCCUGCCCACCAUUCACGAGUCCUUGGACUGCGCUUCUGAGGCAUCCAGUGGGCCUGAGACCAGCUUGCUGGAGGAGGAGGAGGAGGAGGAGGGGGAGGAGUUGCUGCUGCAAGGGGAAGAGGGUAUCCCACCAGUGGCCAAGCGCCGCUUCCGCCAGCAGUCAUGUGAAAGAUGA